AUGUCCACAAUCUGUUGUUCUUUCUUUGAAGCGAGGUUUUGCGCUACCUGCUGUGCUGCACCGGACAAGAGUGAGCUGGACAUCGGGAAACCUUUGGUGGAGGCCAAAGGCGUUUUGGACAGGGACCAAGUGAAGCUUGCAGACUCUGCCGUUUUCGAUGUGAAGCUGACCUUUGAGGGGCGGUCCCACGGCCUCAACAUCGACACGGCCAAUGACGAGCAAGCGGUGGUCAAGGACGUCAGUGGUGCAGCACUCACUUGGAACCGAAAUGCUUCGCCAUCUCAACAGAUCAAGGCGGCUGACCUGAUUCUCAAGGUGAAUGGCGAGCCCGUCACAGGUGAGACUGUGCACAAUAAGCUAGCUGAUGCUGCCCCGGAAGUUACUGUUACGCUUCAGCAUGCGGUUGAGCGUAGUUUGACUUUGCAAAAGCCUGGACAGCUUGGGAUCACCGUGAAGUUCGCGAAGUCGUCGCACGGGAUCUGGAUCGCGACAUUGGCACCAGGACUUGUUCAGGAUUGGAACGAUAAGCAUCCCGAACAGAGCGUCGCGGUCAAUGUAACUUGGCUAAAGGUUCCGGAACACUUCGACUUGUCCCAAAUCUGGAACCCUGAAAGAUUGAUGCAGCCACUGCACAUAUUCUGUCUUGGUUUGGAUUCUUGGAAGACAUUUCAAUUCAGUUUGAGUAAUGUAAUAGUCAUAGUCUUUUCAGAUUUGUCUCAAGGGGUGGGACAUCGCGGUUUUGCCAUGUUGUCCCAGGACCGCAUCAUUUCUGUCCCUUGGUGUCAGAAUUUGGAGCGCGAUGUCUUUUAG